AGCCGGAGCUGAAGCAUCCGGGCCGAACUGCGCAGAGAUGCGGCGCAUGUAAAAACGCGACAUGCGGACACGCAGCCUCACCUCCCCGCUCACCUCCUCGCUGAUAUCAUGGUUAAGAUACCGCUGAGAUAAUUUUUUUGUGUUUGUUUGGACAUGGCGGCGCUGAAGUCGAGGUGAGCAGCUCCGUUGCUGGGGGAGUGCGCACUUUUUUUCCUCGCUGUUUUGCCAGGGCAAGCAGCCAGCACAGAUAAAUCCGCUUUUUGUUCCUUUUCUACCGAUCGUUGCAUGAGGAAUCAUGACGACGGGGCAGGAUGAAAGCUCAGUCCGUGUGGCACUGAGGAUUCGUCCCCAGCUGGCCCGGGAGAAGAUCGAGGGAUGUCACAUCUGCACAUAUGUGAUGCCCGGGGAGCCUCAGGUGAUCCUGGGAAAAGACAAGGCCUUCACCUAUGACUAUUUGUUCGACAUGGACUCCCAGCAGGACGCCAUCUACACCACCUGCACUGAGAAGCUGAUCGAAGGCUGCUUCGAAGGCUACAACGCCACCAUCUUUGCCUAUGGACAGACGGGGUCAGGGAAGACCUACACCAUGGGGACGGGCUUUGAUGUCAACAUUUCAGACGAGGAGCUGGGCAUCAUCCCCCGUGCCGUCCAUCACCUCUUCAAAGGCAUCGAGGAGCGCCGACAAGCCGCCCAGGAGCAGGGCCGCCCCGUACCCGAGUUUAAGAUCAACGCCCAGUUCCUCGAGCUUUAUAAUGAGGAAGUUCUGGACCUGUUUGACUCCACACGAGACAUGAAGCAGAAAUCUCACAUCAAGAUCCACGAAGACGCCAAUGGAGGAAUCUACACCGUGGGAGUGACCACACGGACCGUGUCCUCCGAGGCUGAGAUGAUGCAGUGCCUGAAGCUGGGCGCUCUGUCUCGCACCACGGCCAGCACUCAGAUGAACGUCCAGAGCUCUCGAUCACACGCCAUCUUCACCAUCCACCUGUGCCAAGUCCGCGUUUGUGCCUCUGACAAUCAGGAAAAUGAGACCGAUAACAGAGUCUCCAACGGAAACUCUGAGAUGGAUGAGUACGAGACGCUGACAGCCAAGUUUCACUUUGUGGACCUGGCCGGUUCUGAGAGGCUGAAGAGAACCGGAGCGACGGGCGAUCGAGCCAAAGAGGGCAUCUCCAUCAACUGUGGACUGCUCGCUCUGGGGAAUGUAAUUAGUGCUCUGGGUGACCGGGGCAAACGGGCCUCACAUGUGCCUUACAGAGACUCCAAACUCACCCGACUUCUACAGGAUUCGUUAGGAGGAAACAGCCAAACAGUAAUGAUUGCAUGCAUCAGUCCAUCUGACCGUGACUUCAUGGAGACACUGAACACGUUAAAGUACGCCAACCGAGCCCGGAACAUCAAGAACAAGGUGAUGGUGAACCAGGACAAGGCCAGCCAGCAGAUCAGUGCACUGAGGACGGAAAUAGCUCGACUGCAGAUGGAGCUGAUGGAGUACAAGACGGGUAAACGCAUGGUGGGUGAGGAUGGUGUGGAGAGCUUCAGCGAUAUGUUCCACGAGAACUCGAUGCUGCAGACGGAGAACAGUAACCUGAGGGUGAGGGUGAAGGCCAUGCAGGAGACCAUCGACGCUCAGAGGGCGCGGCUCACCCAGCUGCUCAGUGACCAGGCCAACCAGGCCCUCGCCAGGGCAGGUGAAGGAGGUACAGAGGAAAUUGGAAACAUGAUUCAGGGUUACAUCAAAGAGAUUGAAGACCUCAGAGCCAAACUCCUGGAGAGCGAAGCUGUGAAUGAGAAUUUGAGGAAGAAUCUGUCUCGUGCCUCCAACCGUCAGUCGUUCUACGGCGGGCCCGGCUCCUUCUCCUCCUCGCUGCUGGCCCCGGAGAAGGAGACGUCGGAUAUCAUCGAACUCGCCAAGAAAGACCUGGAGAAACUGAAGAAACGAGAGAGGAAGAAAAAGAAAAGUGCCAACAAGGAGGAAACUCCUGACAACGAGCAAGAAAAGGGCACUGAGAAAGAAAUGGCCGAGCGAGUCAGUGAGGACGCAGAAAUGGAGGUCCAGGAGGGCAGCGACCAUGAGGAAGGAGAAGAGGAAGAGGAGGAGGAAGAGGAGGAGAUGGAUGUGGAAGAGAGCUCUGAUGAUUCUGACUCUGAGUCAGAUGAAAAAGAGAACUACCAGGCAGAUCUGGCCAACAUCACCUGUGAGAUCGCCAUCAAGCAGAAGCUGAUUGAUGAGCUGGAAAACAGCCAGCGGCGUCUUCACACGCUCAAACAGCAGUACGAGCAGAAGCUGAUGAUGCUGCAGUGCAAGAUCAAGGACACCCAGCUGGAGAGGGACCGUGUCCUCCAAAACAUGAAUUCAGUAGAAAGCGGCACAGAGGACAAGGCUCGAAAAAUUAAGGCUGAAUAUGAGAAGAAGCUGAGCGUCAUGAACAAGGAGCUUCAGAAGCUGCAGUCCGCUCAGAAGGAGCACGCCCGCCUGCUGAAGAACCAGUCACAGUAUGAGAAGCAGCUGAAGAAGCUUCAGAUGGAUGUGGCCGAAAUGAAGAAGACGAAGGUCCGUCUGAUGAAGCAGAUGAAGGAACAGCAGGAGAAGAACAGGAUGAAUGAGUCUCGCAGAAACCGUGAAAUUGCUACUUUGAAGAAAGACCAGCGCAAGCAAGAGCACCAGUUGAAGUUACUGGAGGCUCAAAAGAGGCAGCAGGAGCUGAUUCUGAGGAGAAAGACUGAGGAGGUGACAGCUCUGAGGAGGCAGGUCAGGCCCACCUCAGGUAAGGUCAUCAGGAAGGUCAAUCUCUCAGAACCAGUCCAGGACUCCCCCCACAGACCUCCGUCUGGACGGAUGUACUCCUCCGGCAGCACUGCUUCCAACGGUACCCGUUCUUCCUACAGGCGCAUGGCAGGCAUUUACUCCACCAGAGUCGCUCGUAAUAAAUGGCAGUCUCUGGAGCGACGGAUCUGUGAGGUCAUCAUGCAGAGGAUGACCAUCUCCAACAUGGAGGCCGACAUGAACCGCCUCCUCAAGCAACGGGAGGAGCUGACCAAGCGUAAGGAGAAGGUCAUCAGGAAGAGGGACCGGCUGCUGAGGGAGGGACCAGAGGCAGAGAAGGCAGUUCCCCCCCUCAACGAAGAAGUGGAUGCAUUGACAGCCAACAUUGACUACAUCAACGACAGCAUUGCAGACUGUCAGGCCAACAUUAUGCAGAUGGAGGAAACCAAGGAGGAGGGUGACACCGUGGACGUCUCCGCUGUGAUUGGUUCUUGUACCCUGGCAGAGGCUCGUUUCCUGCUCGACCACUUCAUGUCGAUGGCCAUAAACAAGGGUCUGCAGGCAGCUCAGAAAGAAUCCCAGGUGAAGGUGAUGGAGGGCAGGCUGAAGCAGACGGAGAUCACCAGCGCCACACAGAACCAGCUGCUCUUUCACAUGCUGAAGGAGAAGGCCGAGUUCAACCCGGAGCUGGACGCCCUGCUGGGGAACGCGCUGCAAGAGCUAGGUAACAUCCCAGCUGAAAAUGGGGACGAUAGCAGCAGUGAUGAGUCUGCUCAGAGCCCUUCAGCAGAGGGAACCACUUUAGCAUCAGAUCUCAUGAAAAUGUGUGGAGAGACCAAAACAAGGAAUAAGGCUCGUAGGAGGACCACCACACAGAUGGAGCUGCUGUACGCAAACUCUGACUCUGCCCCCGACGCGCCCACUGCAGACUUCUCCAGUCCGAUGCUGCCCUUAGCUGAAACACCAGAUGGGGGCGGAGACAUGGACACGUCAGGCUCAUCAGUCAGGGACUACACAGCUCUCUCCCCCGGCUUUUCCUCUAAAAUGGGCAGCAUAACUUCGUCAGGGGUGGAAAAACGAGCUCCGGAGCCUUCCCCGCUCUCUCGCAGGAAGACCUAUGACAAGGCGCACGCAGCGGCUGACAGGGCAAAGGUCAAGGAGAUUAAACACCCAGUCAUCAGGAACCUGAAGAGCAGCCCACCACUUCCUCUCUCCCCUACCGCUCGUCCCGGUAACCACAUCGGCGCGUUUAGCCGUAUGACAGGGUAUCUGGGCCGUACUGCAUGUGUCCUGCAGGAUAAGGGCGUCAUUAACCCCGUGCCACUGACCAAGAGCAGUCGGUCAGCGACGUUACAGUGUGUCCACGUGGCAGAGGGACACAGUAAGGCUGUUCUCUGUGUCGAUUGCACUGAUGACCUUCUCUUCACUGGAUCCAAAGACCGGACCUGUAAGGUGUGGAACCUGGUGACGGGUCAGGAGAUAAUGUCCCUUUCUGGUCACCCCAACAACGUGGUGUCAGUCCGCUACAGCUCCAGUUUGGUCUUCACCGUCUCAACCUCCUAUAUCAAAGUCUGGGACAUCCGGGACUCGGCCAAGUGCAUCCGAACGCUAACAUCUUCCGGUCAGGUUAACGUUGGGGACGCCUGUGCGGGUAACACCAGCCGAACUGUCACCAUCCCAGCAGGAGAGAACCAGAUCAACCAGAUCGCUCUCAACCCCAACGGGACGAUUCUGUACGCCGCCGCCGGAAACUCGGUCAGAGUCUGGGAUCUGAGAAGAUUUGCAUCCACUGGGAAACUUACCGGUCACCUCGGUCCAGUGAUGUGUCUGACUGUGGAUCAGUCCGGAAACAACCAAGACCUGGUGAUCACCGGGUCCAAGGACCAUUAUAUUAAGCUGUUUGAUGUGACUGAAGGAUCUCUGGGGAGCAUCAGCCCUACACACAACUUUGAACCGCCACACUAUGAUGGUAUCGAGUCGCUGGUGGUGCAGGGGGACAUCUUCUUCAGCGGCUCCCGAGACAACGGCAUCAAGAAGUGGGACCUGGACCGCAAAGACCUGCUGCAGCAAGUCCCAAACGCUCACCGUGACUGGGUGUGUGCGCUGGGCGUCGUCCCAGGCUCCCCGGCCCUGCUCAGCGGCUGCAGAGGUGGGGUGCUCAAGCUGUGGCACACGGACACACUGGGGACCCUGGGGGAGCUCAAGGGUCACGAGAGCCCCAUCAACAGCAUCUCUACCAACAGCAGCCACCUGUUCACUGCCUCAGAUGACCGGACCGUGAAGAUCUGGCGUGCGCGCGGUGGACUGGACAGCACCUUAGAGGCGGUUGACAAUGCGGACGAGGUGGCGAGUAACUGAACGCGGCGCCACCUGCAGGAGUCUGGAAGGACAUUAACAGCAUCCUUUGAUGCUGCUGCUUCCCUGCACUUUGACCCCUAACCUCUGAAGCCCAAUGCUCACUCCUAAAACACACACCUUCAUUGCCAUGUAAUCUUUACGACUGCACCAAGAGGAAACACUAAAGUAACGUCAUCUCAAGACAAACUAACACAAUCAUUGUUUUGUUAGACUCAGAGGGUCCUGCUAAUCAGAUUUAGUUCACUGUAUUGUUACUGAGUCUUUGCAGCAUAAUUUUUUCUUCUCUUUUCCGCUGUAGAUAGCUCUACACUGUGGAUCAUGAUAAGAACUUGAACUCACAAGACUUUUGUUUAAGAGCUUAACAUUCAGAAAAUAUCUCUGCAGCUCAGCAUAUAAUCAAUGCUGUGCCAAGAAACAAUACAUCUACACACAAUUACCCAGGGAAAGGGUCGCAGUGUGCUUUGUUAGAUUAGGGAGAAAAUAGGAAGUUGAGUGUUUGAGGAAAAAAGGGUGGUAGAGCGAACAGGUUGGUAGCUGGUCUUCACAACCCAGUUCUCCAGUUUCUUGGGAUUGUUUCUCUGCACUCGGAGCAGAACCAAUGUCCCCCACACUCAUUCUCCCCCGAUUAACAAAAGUGGCUUUACUGAAAAAGACAAAUCACCAUUCCCCCUUAACUUCCCUCUCCUGCUUUUGUGCUCCCCUCUUUUCAGUUUCUGCAUCCGCUUCAGAUCAGCAACCACAAUGUUGUGCAACUGGUUUGUCUCUGCACUGCACUGCACUCGUGAACUGAACACACUUCUGAGUUACACACUUCAAGCUAGGGUUUGACAUUUUGGGAAAUACGCUUGUUUUCUCUCUUGCUGAGAGUUAGAUGAGGAGAUCACCACCACUCUCAUAUCUGUCAUAUCGUAUGUUAAUGUUAAAUGUUAGACUGGAAACAUGGGGAAACAGCUAGUCUCUCUCUGUCCAGAGGAAACAAAAUCUGUCCACCUGCACCUCUGACGCUCAACUAAUUAACAUGUUAUGUCCUGUUUGUUUAAUCCGUACAAAAGUGUAAGUGUAAAGACGACAGUUGUGGUUUUACAGGGACUUUUUCUUUGUCAGCCUCAGUAACUUUCUUUUCCAACUCCAUUUUUACUUUUUUAAUCAUUAUACCAACAACAUGUAAUGACGGUAAAUGACCUCUGGAGGUGCUGGUAGACAGAUUUUGUAGCCUUUAGCCAGAGCCAGGCUAGCUGUCCACUCCAUUUCCAUUAUAAAUGCUAAGCUAAGCUAACUGGCUGCCAUCUGUAGCUUCAUAUUUACUGUUCAGAUACGAGAGUGGUACUGAUCUUCUCCUCUGUCAGCAAGAAAUCAAAUAAAUGUGUUUCCCAGAACACUGAACUGUUCCUUUAACUCUUGAGCACUUGUGAAAACAGACGUAAUCAGUAGGCUAUUUGACGUUCACCUAAUCCUUCUUAAAUAUGAGCAGGUUCAGCGUUUGAGGAUAUUCUACACUUGUUGUCCAUGUUUCAUCGUAUGUAAAAAUGUAUGUUCACUCUUCACACGUUGCUGUCAAACACUCACAGAUCCUAAACUAUCGUGGUCGUCUAACUCCCAUGCUGCUAAGUCGUGUGCUCACCCUCUUCAACCCUAUAAGAGGGCUUCUCGUCGUGGACUCCGGGUGAGGUCCACUCGGUACCGUAGCAAUGUGUAUGUAUAUAUAUGUAAUAGUAUCUUUUUGGGGGGUUUUUUUGAGAGGAGAGGCCUUCACACUCUGCCUGAUUUGUGAGCCUCACCACGUCGACUGACGUCUGUCUCCCAGUUCUGAUCCUUGUGGGGCCUUCCUGGAGACACCCGUGGUCUCCCUGAUGUAACUGAUGUGUCUGUUGCGAUUGUGUGCUGUCACUUUUGAAUGUUUGGUGAAACAGCAGCUGUAGACAUUAUUCAAAUACAUAUGUAAUGUAUGUAAACUAUGUAUUUAAAAUAAAAUCUGACUGAAUGUUAGCUUUGUGGGACCAUCGAUCUGAACACAGUCUCACAUGAGAGUGCCGAGAGGACCAGAAUUGGCAGGAAGACAGAAGAGCAGCAUUAAUACUGCUUUGGAUGGAGCUUUUCCUCCAGUGAGGUGGCAGGUUAUGUUUAGUGGCCUACAGUUAGUUUUUUUUUCUUCUUUGUUUUGUUAUGCUGUCCCUGUUACACAUAUCCUGGGCGUUCCCCUCUGGAGUAUUAGUAGCCAUUCCCGAGUGGCGGACUCUGUAGCGAUUCUAAUGUCAGAUGCCUGGUGAGAAUA